UUUUGAUGAAUGUAUUAGCUGUGUAUUAAUAAGUAUUAAUAAAUACUUAAUAUAAUUGUAAUAUAACAAUUGAAUAAAUAAAAUAAAAAUGACUCAAAACGUACUACAAAUAAGUGAACCGAAACUAUCGGAGACCAAAUACGGAACCGUUGAAUAUGACUCCAGAAGUCGGAGGAGUCGUGUGGAAAGUUUUGUGCGACAGAAUCUGCUAGCAUUGGCCACCCUAUCAGCCGUAUUAGUGGCCAUUAUUGUCGGAAUAAUCAUCCGAAGCUCGACCGACAAAUGGAGUGAAAGACAUCUCAUGUAUUUGGAAUUUCCAGGAGAUAUCUUCCUCCGGAUGCUUAAGUGUCUUAUUUUACCGCUCAUUAUAUCGAGUCUGAUAUCAUCGCUCGGAAAUCUGGACACAAAACUUUCGGGUCAUAUCGGUUCGCGAGCGGUUCUCUACUAUUUAGCCACAACUGUUUUGGCUAUAUUUUUGGGAAUAUUCUUAGUACUAACCAUAAGACCUGGAUAUCAAAGCACUGUCGAACGCAGUGCUGACGGCCCUAAACCUAGAGUUACCACAACUGCUGAUACUAUUCUGGAUCUGAUAAGGAAUCUCUUCCCCACAAACUUAGUGGAGGCCUGUUUUGCUCAGUACUCGACUACACUGAUGCCCAUCGGUAAUGAGACAGACGUUUACAAGUGGAAGAUUAAGGGCACGUCCGGCGGCGGGACAAACAUUUUGGGUUUAGUGGUCUUCUCUAUAGUGUUGGGAAUAAUCAUCGGUCGGAUGAGAGGCGAAGGAAAACCAUUACUUAACUUCUUCACGAGUCUGAGUGAAGCGACUCUAAAGAUCACAAAUAUUGUUAUAAAGUUCACUCCAAUUGGCGUAAUGUUUCUGAUUUUGCCUCGGAUUGUGUCCGUCGACGACGUGAGAGCACUACUCAGUAGUGUUGGUCUCUUCGCUCUAACCGUUGCCAUCGGUCUUAUAAUCCAUGGCUUCAUAUUCUUACCGCUUAUCUACUAUUUCUUUGUUCGCAAAAAUCCGUAUAUAUUUUUGGGUAAAAUGACUGAGGCUUUGAUGACGGCCUUUGGGACGGCUUCUUCCGCGGCCACACUUCCCGUUACCAUCUCUUGUCUCGAAGAGAAGAACAAAAUCGACAGAAAUGUCGUCAGAUUUUGUGUACCAAUCGGUGCCACAAUCAAUAUGGACGGGACGGCACUAUACGAAGCAGUGGCCGCUCUUUUCAUCACUCAAUCCCGAGGUUUUGAUAUGGAUUUUGCAAAAGUUCUUAUCGUCAGCAUUACAGCAACGGCUGCUUCUGUAGGAGCCGCUGGAAUACCACAGGCCGGUUUGAUAACAAUGGUUAUAGUAUUAAAUGCUUUGGGACUUCCAGCAGAGGAUGUGGCCCUCGUCUACAUUAUUGACUGGCUUUUGGAUCGCUUAAGAACACCGAUUAAUGUUCUUGGUGACGCCUAUGGAUCAGCAAUUGUCGAGCAUUUGAGUAGAAGUGAAUUACAAGAGUUUUCAGAUCGACUUAAUAAGCAGGACAUCGAUGACGAGAAGAAUAACAUUUUAUCGCAACCCUUGCCUUCCUCUCCGUCUUCAUCUGCCGUUUCAUCCCUUAAAAGUAUUAAUUAUAAGGAAAGCAAAGACAGUAUGAGUUAUAACAACUCGGCAUUCAUUGCGGACGCAAAUCCUAAUAAUAAUUCAUAA